UUCACCCCUAUGCGCGGACGCUGCGCAACACUGCCGCAGCGCGCACUUGACAACACUGGCCCGAUUUAUAAUAUCGCAAAAAGACAAUUUCGUGGAGAAAAUUCCUUUUCACUCAGUAAUUACCUAAAGAAAAGCUAUUAAAAAUGCCCAAGGGUCGCGUGAGCAAUGUGUGGCAGCACUACGAUAUCAACGAGGAGUGCGAGAACUUUGCGAUAUGCCGCUACUGCGGCAACAAUAUAUCGCGUGGUGGCAUGGCCAGCAAUUUGAAGGGCAACAAUACGACCAAUUUGUGGACGCAUCUGCGGCACAAGCACAGCGACGAGGUCCUGGUCAGCCCGGUGCAGCAGCGUCCCCAGGCGCGCAUGAUCCCGAUCAUCAAGAAAGAGAAAACCGUGCGGAUUACCAAGGCCAAGACGCUGAGGGAGCCGCUGCGCGUGGCCAAGCCGAAGAUCGAGUCCAACGUCGCCAGCUAUCUGGGCGAGUCGGGUGCCCUGCCGCAGAAGUGGGAGGAGUACGAGCAGAACGAUGAGAUCGGCGAGGACAUCAAGGACAUUAUCUACAGCGAGGAUCCCCUGUGCUACAGUCCCAUCCAUGUGAUGGAGGACGAGCAUGGGCUGGAGCACGGCGAAAAGCAGGUCACCCUGAUCAGUGGCUCCACCGCCACCGCCGCCGGGGGCAGCAGGCAAAGUGCAGGCGGUUCGACUGUUCAGGCCACCGUGGUCGCCUCCACGUCCACUAACAACUCGGCCAAGCAGCUAAAGAACAACCUGGAGACUUCCAUCGACCGACUGACCACGGUUAGCGAGCAGCUCAGCUACAUUAUCCAGCAGAAUCACGAGGAGCACACCAAGGACGACGACUACUACUUCGCCCUUAGUUUGGUGCCCGUCAUGCGGCAGCUGUCGCUUAAUCGCAAGAUGUACGUGCGCUCCAAGAUCCAGGAGCUUCUGUUCAAGGAGAGCGAGGACUCGGCGCCCGCCAAGGAUGAGUAGGCACCCCAUUUACAUUUACCCAGAGGAUUAAGGAAGCGAAUAAAUAAAAGGAACAGAACAGAAACAACUGGGCGUCUCUGCAUGCCUUCGAUUAGGUUAAAUAACUAUAUACAUACGUUAUGUAUUCAAUUAUUAAUUUAUGCUCUUUUAUCAAGUGCAAAUACUUUGAUUAUUCAACUUAUUUUCCACAAAUCAUUUUUCCCGAAAUAAAGCUGUAUGACGUAGUAAGAAAAA